AUGGGAUCCGGCGCGAGACUUGGAAAAACUAAUAUCUGGCCUCGUUUAUCUUCGUCUAGUGACCGCGAGAGGCAGUCUGCUGCACCCGGCACCCGCUGUCAGGCACCCGCUGUCAGGCACCCGCUGUCAGGCACCCGCUGUCAGGCACCCGCUGUCAGGCACCCGCUGUCAGGCACCCGCUGUCCGGCACCCACUGUCAGGCACCCGCUGUCCGGCACCCGCUGUCCGGCACCCGCUGUCAGGCUCCCGCUGUCAGGCACCCGCUGUCAGGCACCCGCUGUCCGGCACCCGCUGUCAGGCACCCACUGUCAGGCACCAGCUGUCCGGCACCCACUGUUAGGCACCCGCUGUCAGGCACCCGCUGUCAGGCACCCACUGUCAGGCACCCGCCGUCCGGCACCCGCUGUCAGGCUCCCGCUGUCAGGCACCCGCUGUCAGGCACCCGCUGUCCGGCACCCACUGUCAGGCACCCGCUGUCAGGCACCCGCUGUCAGGCACCCGCUGUCCGGCACCCGCUGUCCGGCACCCGCUGUCCGGCACCCGGCACCCGCUGUCCGGCACCCGCUGUCCGGCACCCGCUGUCCGGCACCCGCUGUCAGGCACCCGCUGUCAGGCACCCGCUGUCAGGCACCCGCUGUCAGGCACCCGCUGUCCGGCACCCACUGUCAGGCACCCACUGUCAGGCACCCACUGUCAGGCACCCACUGUCGGGCACCCGCUGUCCGGCACCCGCUGUCCGGCACCCGCUGUCCGGCACCCCCUGUCCGGCACCCACUGUCCGGCACCCGCUGUCAGGCACACCCGCUGUCAGGCACCCGCUGUCAGGCACCCACUGUCAGGCACCCGCUGUCAGGCACCCGCUGUCCGGCACCCACUGUCCGGCACCCGCUGUCAGGCACCCGCUGUCGGGCACCCGCUGUCAGGCACCCGCUGUCAGGCACCCACUGUCAGGCACCCACUGUCAGGCACCCGCUGUCAGGCACCCGCUGUCCGGCACCCGCUGUCCGGCACCCGCUGUCCGGCACCCACUGUCAGGCACCCACUGUCAGGCUCCCGCUGUCCGGCACCCACUGUCCGGCACCCGCUGUCCGGCACCCGCUGUCCGGCACCCGCUGUCCGGCACAACCUGUCCGGCACCCACUGUCAGGCUCCCGCUGUCCGGCACCCACUGUCCGGCACCCGCUGUCCGGCACCCGCUGUCCGGCACCCGCUGUCCGGCACCCGCUGUCAGGCACCCGCUGUCCGGCACCCACUGUCAGGCUCCCGCUGUCAGGCACCCGCUGUCAGGCACCCGCUGUCAGGCACCCGCUGUCCGGCACCCACUGUCAGGCACCCGCUGUCAGGCUCCCGCUGUCAGGCACCCGCUGUCAGGCACCCGCUGUCAGGCACCCGCUGUCAGGCACCCACUGUCAGGCACCCACUGUCAGGCACCCACUGUCAGGCACCCACUGUCAGGCACCCACUGUCCGGCACCCGCUGUCCGGCACCCACUGUCAGGCUCCCGCUGUCAGGCACCCGCUGUCAGGCACCCGCUGUCAGGCACCCGCUGUCAGGCACCCGCUGUCAGGCACCCGCUGUCAGGCACCCGCUGUCAGGCACCCGCUGUCAGGCACCCGCUGUCAGCUGUCACCCCGCUGUCAGGCACCCGCUGUCAGGCACCCGCUGUCAGGCACCCACUGUCAGGCACCCACUGUCAGGCACCCACUGUCAGGCACCCACUGUCAGGCACCCAGGAGAACAGUCACAAGUAAACGGCUGUGGGCGGGCGGGCGGCUCAGGCAGGGUGGGCGGCAUCACGAGCAGCAUAGCCGUUGUCAACCACUUCCCUCGCCGCCCAGCCCUCCCUCGCCGCCCUCCCACGCCGCCCACUGUACCCCGCCCUCCCUCGCCGCCCACUGUACCCCGCCCUCCCUCGCCGCCCACCCCCGCCCUCCCUCGCCGCCCACUGUACCCCGCCCUCCCUCGCCGCCCACUGUACCCCGCCCUCCCUCGCCGCCCACUGUACCCCGCCCUCCCUCGCCGCCCACUGUACCCCGCCCUCCCUCGCCGCCCACUGUACCCCGCCCUCCCUCGCCGCCCACUGUACCCCGCCCUCCCUCGCCGCCCACUGUACCCCGCCCUCCCUCGCCGCACUCUGUAUCCCUCCCGUCUCUCACUCACCAUUUUAAAACAGAAGGGUAA